GUCUGAUAAUCGAAGUACGAAUUUGCUUUUUCCUCUUUUCGCUGCGUUUUUCUGCCCCCCUAAUGUCAACGAGUGGACGUUCACCGCUUGCAACUUCUCAUCUAUUUUGUGUUUUCUGAGGAACGUUAAUUUUUUCUCUUUUGCCCUUCUCUUUCCUCUAUCCGCGUUCCAGGGGAUGAAUCUCUUGCGGAAUUUCAAUCCCCGUAAAAUGACGUCGGGAAAAAGCUUAUCCAAGACGGAAGGCCACUAAUCUUUCAUUGCCCUCGGAAAAACACUCUGAUUAUGGAUUCUGUUGAUGAUUAAUCUUCCAGUCAUCUACAAAUGCCCACUUGGCUAAUCCUCAAAUGACAUGAAUAUCGAUUACCGAUAACACCGUUCCUUGAAAUUCUCUUUUCUUUCUUUGACUCUGUUUGAAUCGGGAUAUGUUGAAAUUGUGGAAAUGGUACCAGCAUUGCUUAGCUGUUCACCCAGUUAAGACACAGAUGAUGAGCUCUGGUUUUAUAUGGGGGUUUGGCGAUAUAGCUGCUCAGGCUAUCACCCACUCCGCAGUCAAGAACCAUAAACCAAACAAGGAGGACGAUAAAGAAUUUAAGGUCAACUGGAAACGGGUGACUGCGAUCACCUUCUAUGGGUUUGGAUUUGUUGGUCCUGUUGGCCACUACUGGUAUGAAGGCUUGGACCGAUACAUAAGAUUGAGACUGAUGCUCAAACCAAAUUCCUUUCACUUUAUUGCCUCUAAAGUUGCUGUUGAUGCAUUUCUCUACGGACCGUUGGAUUUACUUGUAUUUUUCACUUAUGUGGGUUUUUCCACAGGGAAAAGUGUUCCUCAAGUCAAAGAAGAUGUGAAGAGAGACUUUCUUCCGGCCUUGAUUUUAGAGGGAGGCGUAUGGCCCUUUUUUCAAGUUGCAAAUUUUCGUUUUGUACCUGUGAAGUAUCAGCUUCUCUAUGCUAACUUGUUCAACACAUUGGAUAGUAGUUUCUUGUCUUGGAUUGAGCAACAACAGGAUGCUCCUUGGAAACAGUGGAUGAAAUCUUUUCUGCCUCUGACGGAACAGAAGCACCAAAGCGAAUAAGUGACUUUCUGAUCUCCCAUAAUUAUUUUUCCCACUUCUCCAUUCAUUGCAAGUGCAUGUACAUAUGUGUUGGUGUUUCGCUGAUGUUAUUGGUUGAAUUGGGGUUUUGGGCUGGGUAAAUGUCAAUAUGGUCAAAUUCUGAGUUCCCCCAGUUAGAAUUAAGUGAUGAAACCGCUUUCUCAUGAUGCGAUUUUCGCGCUGAAUACGAUUGUAGAAAUAUUUUUUCGUUGCGUAGAAGUGAAAGAUGGUUUCGGC